AUGCAGCAGAGGGAGAGACGGGUGGUGCAGCAGAGGGAGAGACGGGUGGUGCAGCAGAGGUUCAGACGGGUGGUGCAGCAGAGGUUCAGACGGGUGGUGCAGCAGAGGGAGAGACGGGUGGUGCAGCAGAGGGAGAGACGGGUGGUGCAGCAGAGGGAGAGACGGGUGGUGCAGCAGAGGGAGAGACGGGUGGUGCAGCAGAGGGAGAGACGGGGUGAUGCAGCAGAGGGAGAGACGGGUGGUGCAGCAGAGGGAGAGACGGGUGGUGCAGCAGAGGGAGAGACGGGUGGUGCAGCAGAGGGAGAGACGGGCAGAGGGACAGACGGGUGGUGCAGCAGAGGGACAGACGGGGUGGUGCAGCAGUGGUUCAGACGGGUGGUGCAGCAGUGGUUCAGACGGGUGGUGCAGCAGAGGGAGAGACGGGUGGUGCAGCAGAGGGAGAGACGGGUGGUGCAGCAGAGGGAGAGACGGGUGGUGCAGCAGAGGUUCAGACGGGUGGUGCAGCAGAGGAGAGACGGGUGGUGCAGCAGAGGGAGAGACGGGUGGUGCAGCAGAGGGACAGACGGGUGGUGCAGCAGAGGGAGAGUUAUCCCAGCCUGUGGUUCAGAUCCCAGUCUGUGGUUGAGUUCAGAUCCCAGCCUGUGGUUGAGUUCAGAUCCCAGCCUGUGGUUCAGAUCCCAGUCUGUGGUUGAGUUCAGAUCCCAGUCUGUGGUUGAGUUCAGAUCCCAGUCUGUGGUUGAGUUCAGAUCCCAGCCUGUGGUUGAGUUCAGAUCCCAGCCUGUGGUUGAGUUCAGAUCCCAGUCUGUGGUUGAGUUCAGAUCCCAGUCUGUGGUUGAGUUCAGAUCCCAGCCUGUGGUUGAGUUCAGAUCCCAGUCUGUGGUUGAGUUCAGAUCCCAGCCUGUGGUUGAGUUCAGAUCCCAGUCUGUGGUUGAGUUCAGAUCCCAGUCUGUGGUUGAGUUCAGAUCCCAGCCUGUGGUUGAGUUCAGAUCCCAGUCUGUGGUUGAGUUCAGAUCCCAGCCUGUGGUUGAGUUCAGAUCCCAGUCUGUGGUUGAGUUCAGAGCCCAGUCUGUGGUUGAGUUCAGAUCCCAGCCUGUGGUUGAGUUCAGAUCCCAGUCUGUGGUUGAGUUCAGAGCCCAGUCUGUGGUUGAGUUCAGAUCCCAGCCUGUGGUUGAGUUCAGAUCCCAGCCUGUGGUUGAGACGAACCUACACUGCUCUGAUCAGACAUCACAGCUGUCUCCAGACUGCACCAUGAAGGUCUGGACUCCGGUCUGGACUCUGGUCUGGACCCUGGCUCUGCUGCUCUCGGAGGUCCACACCUGGGGCUACCGCAACGGCGUCUUCCACAACUCCAUCUGGUUGGAGCAGGCAGCUGGUGUCUACCAUCGAGAGUCACGCAAAGGCAGAUACCAGCUGACGUAUAAAGAAGCCAUCGCUGUCUGCAAGUAUGAGGGCGGGGCCCUGGCCACGUACGACCAGCUGGAAGCAGCGCGGAAGAUAGGUUUCCACGUGUGCUCGGCCGGGUGGUUCGAUAAAGGCAGAGUGGGAUAUCCAAUCGUCAAAGCUGGAGCAAACUGUGGCUUUGGGAGGAUCGGGAUCAUCGACUACGGAUACAGACUCAACAAGAGCGAGAAAUGGGACGUGUUCUGCUACAACCCGAGCGCUAAGGAGUGUGGGGGGGUCCUGACGGAGCCGGAGCGGGUCCUGCAGACCCCCGGCUUCCCCGCAGAGUACCAGGAUGAACAGAUCUGUUAUUGGCACAUCCGAGUCCGUCUGGGGCAGAGGGUCCGGCUGCACUUCCUGGAGUUCGACGUGGAGGAUGACACUGACUGUCUGGCUGAUUAUCUGGAGGUCUACGACAGCUACGACGACGUGACGGGGUUUGUUGGAAGAUUCUGUGGUGAUUAUUUACCGACUGACAUCACAAGCUCCGGAAACGUUAUGACAUUAAAGUUUUUGUCCGACGCUUCAGUCACUGCAGGAGGUUUUCAGCUCCAGUACAAAGCCGGCUUGAGCAGCUCGGUCAUAAUGAUGGCAUCAGCUGGACCUCCAGGUCAUUCCAGCCUCCUGCCUCUGCUUGAAUCUCUGGAGGACAGUGCAGCGGGACAGUCCAGUCAGACCGAUGCCUACCUCACCAUCGCCAAUCGAUUAAGCGGCGAUGAAGGGCGCCAGUUUCUGCCUGCAGUUGAAAAGCACUUUUCCCGUUUGGGUAAAAUUAUUUUGAGUCAUAUAACUUGUACACAUGUGGAGCUAAGCCAAGCCGCCCUUCAAGCUCUGGGCUUCUGUGUGUAUCAUUCCAACGUGGUCUCGGGAGCAGCAGAAUCCUUAACAGAUGAAAUACUCUCAGCACUUUGCUCAUUAGUGGUGAAGUCGACGGAUAAGAACACAUGCACUCGGGCACUUUGGGUCAUCUCCAAACAGAACUUCCCUUCAAAAGUAGUAGCAGCAAAAGUGCCUUUGAUCCUAGCAGCAUUGGAGAGUGUGUGGAGCAGAGCGGACGUCCAGUCUGUGGUGAUGGAGCAUGAAGCCCUGAGUGUUGUGAUCAGGAUGCUAGAGCAGGUGCCCGCAGAGAUGGGAGAAGGGGCCGUGCAGUGGGCCAAGCUGAUCAUCCCUCUGGUCGUGCAUUCGGCCCCAAAAGUGCGUCUGAGAGCCGCAGCCGCCCUGGAGAUGGGCAUGCCUCUGCUGAUGGACAAACAGACACAAGUCGCAGCUAUCAUUGAACCACUCAUGUGCUCGAAAUUGAUCCCUGAAAUGCAGAAGCUUUUUAAGACCAAGAAUGAAACGAAUGUGCUAAAACUCUGGCCUUUGUUUGUUCGAUUACUCGGAAAGCUUUUGCACAAAGGAGGUCCAUUUAUCAACUCCUUACUGCAUUUGGAAGAGCUUGGCUUCCGUAACUCGUCUCCGACUAUCAAGAAAAUUGCCUUUCUCGCCUGGAAGAGUUUGAUCGACAACUUCGCUCUUAAUCCAGACAUUCUGUGCAGUUCUAAACGUAUGAAGCUCCUGAUGCAGCCGCUCUCGUCCAUCAAUGUCAGGACGGAGCCGCUGCUUCUGACUAAGGUGGAGGUCUGGUGGUACCUGGUGGUGAAGCUGGGUCCAAACCUGGCUCCAAACUUUGAUGUGGUUUCAGUUCCUCUGCUCCAAAGCACCCUUGGCUGUGAGGCCUCAGUCCCUGGUACUCCAUCCAGAAGUGGAAUUCCAAAUGGGGUUCAUCCACCUGGAACUCCUAAGACUGCAGCUUCAUCAGCGCUCAACGCAACAAUAGGCACUCCUCGGAUGAACCUCUCAACCUCCAGCAUUUGCACUUCCUCCAGCUUCCCCUCCAUCCAACUCCUGGGGCUGGAGAUGCUCCUGCACUAUUUCAUGGGCCCAGAGGUUGUAGCUGCAGCAGGAAAGACCAAGCUCCAUCUUAACCUUGAGACACUGCAGCACCCGUUUCUUUCUGGCAUUUCUUCUUUCACUAAACAUGCUGCUCUGCUCAUCACAUGUGUCAGAGAUGGAGUUAUUGGGAUCGGCAAAGAUGCCCCAGAACCUCUUCUUGUGCUUUUAUGGACAAGUCUUAUUCAGUUUGUCAAUUUAUCUAUUGAAUCAGUUGGUUGUAAAAAGGAUCGGCAGGGCAGUGAAGCGCUCACCCUGACUCUGCAGGCGCUUCAGAGCAUUGUCAUGUCCGAAGCUUUACCCGCCAACAGAGUUCUGUUUUUGAUUGAAGCGACAGUAAAAGGCAUUCCUCCUCGAGUUCUGGGCUCCGCCUCGUACCAAGUGGGAAAGAUGGAUGUGUUAAAUGGGACUCCAGCUCUGUUCCUGAUCCAGCUGCUCUAUGACAGCAGCAUGUUGGCUGCGUAUGUGGAGGACCAGAGGUUUGCACAGUGCCUGCAGACUCUGGUGAGCUGUGGACUUUCAGGGCCCACGUCUCCUCUGGCGUUUGGGGAGGCCGUGUUGAGCGCCAUCAAACGAAGCUCGGGGACUGUUCAGAACAAGGAGCAGCUGUGGAAGAUGUGGAGUGUGGUAGUGAGCUCUUUGACAGACACGGUCACGCAGUCCAACGAGGUGAACCAAGGGGACGCUUUGGAGCACAACUUCAAUGCCAUGUACUCUGCCCUGAUGUUUCCAGUCACGCACCUCUUACCUGGCGCCCCUCUCCAACAGGCCUCACAAAAGUCAAUGUUGUCCAUAUGGUCCAAGCUGUACAAGGUCUUUGCCCGUUGUUCUUCUCUGGUGGUAACUGCAGAAGAAAACAUCUGCUGUGAAGAGCUCUGUACCAAGAUGGCCGCUGCAUUGAACAAGGACGCUCUGGCGGUUCCCUCGACGUUAAACAUGACUUCAAAUAUUCUUCAAGUGAUGGUAGAGAGUGUGGACUUCACUCCCUACAGCCCUCAUUUCCAGCAGAAGAUUAAGUCUCCACACACUCCUGUGAAUUGGAUGAAAAAGAGAAACAAGGUUAUGGGGAACCUUUGCACGUUCCAGUCUCUGGUGGUUCAGUGUUUUAACAUGUUUUUGGAAGAAAGCGACCCGUCCGAGGCCACAGGAGCAGCCCUCGUCUCCAUUCUGUCCAGUCUGUUUAAUAACCUGCUCCUGCCCAACUCUGUGCACGAGCUGCUGACCGCUGUGGUCCCGCCUCUCACAGAGCUGUACAAACAGGCCGGCGCUGAACCCGUCAAACUCACCUCCCAGUUUGUGACCAGAUUGGAGAAGCUUCUGUCUGAGGUCCUGAGCUGUUUGCAGUCUCGCUCCACUCUGACCUUUAACUCAGAGCUGCUGGAUCUUCUGUGCCCUCUGCUCUGUGAGCUUUUCUCACACAAAAACAAGCACAUUAGAACCACUGUUACACAUUUCUGGAACUCAUCCUUCGCCAACUCUGUCAGCCUCGUUUACCCGGAGGAGCUGAGGCAUAUCCUGAGCCAGCUAAAGCCGAAGAUGCCAAUCAUCCUUCCUGGAUUUGAAGUGCUCAGUAUCCCUGAUGAACUCUCUGGACAGGAUUCUUCUGAAUGCUCUCAGUUGGAAACCAAGCUUAGUGGCAUUCCCAUCUGCUCCGUGGGAAUGAGGGAUUCACUUUUGGGAAAGACUCCUGAAGCAAAGGAUCGGACGUCCUGCAAAACAUCAAAGCUCGUUUCAACAAAACUGAACUUUGGUUCUCCUAAACCUCUUCGCCGAAACGCCCUGGAGGAAGAAGAGUCUGUGGACUUCGUCUUCAUUCCUCCAGAGACGAAGGAGCGAGUUUUGACAGAGCAUCAAAAGGAAAUGAAGCGAACAAAAAGGGUCGACAUCCCUGCCAUGUACAACAACCUGGAUGCAUCCUUGGACAGCACAGUUUUCACACAGUACACGCAGAGCCAGGAGGAUUCUGUGGACACAUUGCCAGCAGCGCAAGGGACUGAUGCAGAUGUGAAACAGGAGGAUUCUGUGAAGGCUUCCCCAACAGAACCAACGGUUGGAGCUGGAAUAACGGACAUGGCAAUUGAGACCCAAGACUUUGCGAGUCCAGAACCUGAAGUUAGAGCUGAAGUUGAAGCUCAGGCGCCAUGUGACCAGUCAGAAGAGAUGGUCCCAGAGUCCACAGAUGUGUCUAUGGAGGAGGAGCAGGGCCACAAUGUGGAAACGAAAUCUCCUCGUCGGCCUAAAGACGGAAUAGAAAUGAAAGCAGUCAAACUGACUGACAGACUUCCAAGUGACACCACAGAGGAGGACGACAUGAUUCCAGACACACAAACUGAAAAAGAGCCCAAAGAAGCAUCUAUUUCUCCGGGAAGUGAGUCCUCACAACCAGAGGAGUCUGAUGGUGACUCUCAAUCAUCAGUCUCAUCUCAGGGAGAGCCGAGACGAUCGGGCAGACCGAGGGUCCCACCGCUGCGUCCUGGUGAAGAUCCCAAAGAACGCAAUGAGAAGUUUGCACAAAACAAACGAAAGCAUUCGACUGAUGACUCUAAAAAGUCUAGCCCUGUUUCUGUCAAGCCUAAUACAAGAAGCAGAUCUGUGGAGAAAGAAGGUCCCAGAGACAGACUAAGAUCAAGAUCUCAAAAGGAUAAAGAGAUUAGUCAAACUCCCUCUGCCAAGAAGAGGGUAAAGCUCUUCAGCAGUUCUCAGGACUUCAUGGAUAAACCUGGAAGGAGAAGUUUGAGAGAGUCCAGCCAAACAGACUCAGGGUCACACUCUGAAAAUGAAAUCCAGUCGCUGAAAAGACCUCGCAAAACCAAAUUAACGUCUGAAAGUGAAGCGCAAGAUAUUGAGGAGAAAACUGACGCCGUUGUUGAGAAAAGUAUAAAUGAAACUGAAAAUCAUUCGGAGGAAAGAAAUGACCACCAGCAGACUUUAUCACCGCACUCUCAGGCAGUGGUUGUCAUGGACAAAAUGCUGAUGCACCAAAGCUCUUCGGAGCUUGAGGUGUGCGUGACAGACUUGUCUCAGUCUGAUUCAGUGGAUCUCGUUUCCAAAUCUUCACACAGCGAUUCUCAAAGAAACAGUGAAACGGCCGAGCUUCAUAAGGCAGAAACUGGGACUGCAAUGACAGAGGAGCUUAGUCAGGAAAGUCAAGAUUCCCAGUCUGUGUCCUCUGCAGAAGCUCAGACACGACGAAGGUCCAGAAGGAGCAAAGCUUUGACAGAUCCUGAUGAAACACAGACUCCGACGGACACAGAGAAACAAAGCAGCUCCAGUGUGCGGACGAGGAGGAGCAUGGUGCAGGAAGAGGUGAAGUCUCGUGGGUCGACACCAAGUAAUUCACAACAAGACGAUUCCCAAUCUGUGGGCUCUGAAUCGUCCCGGAGCAGGAGGUCCACACGGCGAGCCUCUGCACAGCUGAAGGACUCUCAAACUUUAGACAAAUCUGAAGACUCGCCUUUGGUUAAACGAAAGGGAAAGGGCUCUAAAGUUCUUGCUGCUCUCAGCCCUCUGACAUUUGCGGCUAAAGAUGAAAGAAGUGCUGGGAAAAAAGCAGAGGUAGAGGAAGAACCUGAGACUGCACAACCACCGUCCCCCGAACAGCAGGACCUCUGUGAUGCUGUGGAGGACCCGGUGGGGUUGGAGGACCCGGUGGGGUUGGAGGACCCGGUGGGGUUGGAGGACCCGGUGGGGUUGGAGGACCCGGUGGGGUUGGAGGACCCGGUGGGGUUGGAGGACCCGGUGGGGUUGGAGGACCCGGUGGGCAUAGAUGCGACUGAGGAAAGCCAAACAGAUGUAAAUGUAGAACUAGGGGAUUCUGAAGCACAGACGGCAGCACAGGACCAUGAACCUGCACCAGGUGACGCCUCUGCAGACGAACUGCCACAGGAGGAGACUACGACCAUAGACCAAGACCAGCCCCUAGUGGUCAGCGAAGACAUUACAGCCAUCCAUGACAACCAUGACACAGCUGGCCAGAUCAUGGACCGGACUGAGGACCGGACUGAGGACCGGACUGAGGACCGGACUGAGGACCGGACUACAACAGAUGCUACUCUGGAGGAGUCUUUUGCUCCUCCAGCUGACAACCAGGGACUCCCAGACUCCCCGGUGAAGCAGAGGGACCUGGAGGCAGUGACUGGAGCAGAGGCCGCACAGAGUCCGAGCAGCCGGACCUUAGGAACAUGGUCUCCAGCAGCAUCACCGUCCACUAGCAUCUUAAAGAAGGCCCAGAAGAGGGCGCUGGAGGUGGAAACUCCCUCACCCCUGGUCAAGUCAAGAAGGGUGUCGUUUGCUGAUCCGAUCCAGCACCAGGAGCUGGCAGACGAUAUUGAUCGCCGCAGCCCUGCUCUCAGAACCAGCUCACCGAGAAGAACCAAGAUGGGCAUCAGCAGCAUCCCACAGCCAAAAUACGUCACCACGCCCACAAAAGGCAUCAUCACGUUGAGUCCCAGGAACUUGAAUAGUCCCGGUUACAAGAGCUCCAAGAAAUGCCUGAUUUCUGAGAUGGGUCAAGAGCCUCGUCCUGUGUCUAAAGACUGUGUGUACCCUGCUCUGGUGGGCUGCACGGCGCCUGUGGAGGCCGUCCUGCCCCAGAUCGCUUCAACCAUGUGGUCUCGUGGUUUUGGACAAAUUGUUCGAGCCAGAAAUAUUAAAACCGUGGGUGACCUGAGUGCUUUAACUCCGACUGAAGUCAAGGUUCUGCCCAUCAGGUCUCCCAAGGUCUCCAACGUCAAGAAGGCUCUGAAAAUAUACGAGCAGCAGCGUAAAGGUCGAGGUGGAGACGAUUUGAAGAGUUUUGAUGAAACAGAAAUGAUGACGUCUGAAGGAGAGACCAGCACUGCUCAUAACGAGGACCAGAAAACUCCAGACACAUUAGCUACAGAGCUGGAGUUUGAUGCUGAGGACGGGGCCCAGGACGUCACCCACUCCCCUGAAGCUCAAGUCCAGGUCCAGGCCCCAGUCCAGGCCCCAGUCCAGGCCCCAGUCCAGGCCCCAGUCCAGGCCCCAGUCCAGGCCCCAGUCCAGGCCCCAGUCCAGGCCCCAGUCCAGGCCCCAGUCCAGGCCCCAGUCCAGGCCCCAGUCCAGGCCCCAGUCCAGGCCCCAGUCCAGGCCCCAGUCUCUGGUCUGGUCUCGGAGGUGGACUGUCUCCGCUGCAGGACCACUCCCUCUGCUCUGGGCCUCUGCUCCUCUCCACAGCUGCUCCACAUGCAUGAGCAGUUGGCUGGAAUGAUGAAGGCUGUGGUCCUGGAGUUGCACUCACGCCUCACGAACCUUUCACAAUAA